GAUGGUGCUUGUGAUGUGUAAAUCUCCCUUCGUCAUUUCUUGUUAAAGGUGCUCGGCAUUCGGUGGCUUUAAUGUUCCGCGCGGCUAACCGAAAAAGCAUCGGCAAAGCGGGAAACGGCUGGCACUUUCGCCGGACAAUGGACGAGCUGGUCCAUGAUCUGGUGUCAGCCCUGGAGGAGAGCUCGGAGCAGGCGGCGCGCGGUGGCGACGGCGGAGACCACGCGUUAACCGUGGGCUGCUUGCUAAAGAGACAGGCGAGGAAGCGGAGGGGCAGGAAACGCCGCUCGGACAACCCGCACCCGCCCUGGGAGACGGGCCAUCUGAGCGAGGGCUCUGAGUCCAGCGUGGAAGAGCACAAGGACUAUCGUGCGGGCACAGGUGGCGUGUCUGCCUCUAACAGCCACACUCGUGACAACAGCGACUCGGACGACCAGCUGGGCCCUAAACGCCGCACCCCCCAGACGUCUGACGCGGGCAGGAGCAAGCGCCCCCUGUGGCCGGACGACCCGGGCGUCCUGGGGUCCGCCGAGGGAACGCGCAGCCUCAGGCGACGGCGCAAGUUCAAGCGCAUGGCCGUGGACCCCCCCGCCGAGCCGGAGCCCCCUUCCACCAUGAUGCUGGCCCCCCCGUCCGUCCCCAAGCCUCGCGCGGCUGGCACCAGACCCCACCGGCUGAGCCCGAGUGAGGGCCGGGUCGCCAUGGAGAUUUGCGGGGACGGCCUGCCGGCGGUGGGAGUAAAGAACAGGAUGAAGAAGAGGAAGCUUGCCUCCCAAAAGGUGGGGGCGGAUGCUGCCGACGAAGGCGUGGUGGUGGAGAGCGAGGAGCCCAUCUCGUCUCUGAUGGAAGGAUGCAAGGACAAGAUGGAGCUGGAGGAGCAGAAGGGCUCGGAUGAGGAGAUGAGUGACAGGUGUGAAACCAGCAGUGUGAGUAACAGCAGCGAUGGAGGCCUCUACACCAACGAUGAAGGCAGGCAAGGUGACGACGAGCAGAGCGACUGGUUCUGCGAGGGCGAACCUGGGUCUGGCACUGGGGGCGCGUGCGGAGUGGCGGGUGUCAUCCCCUGGUGGGAGAGAGACGCGGGUGCCGAGGAGCUGGACCUGAACGACCCAGUCUUCAACAACAUCCUCACGGGCUCCUUCCCACUCAUGACCCCCGACACCAGGAGAGGGUUGCAGGCCCGGCUCAACCGUCUCCACGGACACCCGAGGCGCUGUGACGAUGGGCUGCAGGGCGGCAGCGGUCAGGGCUUUGGCGACGGCCACGAGCCGUGGUUCAGCUCAAGCUCAGGGAGAGAACAUGGACAGUUGCACUGGGACACUCGGACAGAACGAGGCCAUCGCAGGAGCUGCUCAGUAAAAACUUGUCGCAGACAGACGAGCGGGCACCUGGGCUCUUUGUGCAUGGGGGACGUCAAGCGGAGGCGGAAGGCAGCCCCCCUCGGUUCCAUGGCGCCCUCAGCGGUGGUGGGCGAGAACGUGCCGCCCAUUCCCGACAGCAACGUGGGCAACCGCAUGUUGCAGAGCAUGGGCUGGACCCCAGGCGUCGGCCUGGGUCCCGAGGGGCGGGGCAUCACGGAGCCCAUCCGGGCCCAACAGAGACCAAAGGGCGCCGGGUUGGGCUUCAACUGACCGCCGAGCCAAUCCGUUCUGUAACUUCAAAGCUGAGGGGUGAGGUGUCACUGUGAGAGGAAAAUCUGAGAGAUGAAGACUUUCCCAUAUUGGGGAGACUUGUUAGGGACAUGAGCCGAAGCAAAGACUGAACCCCCGGGUCGGAGGACAUGUUAUGACCUUUUCUGCCUCAUCAAACAACUGUCGGGCCACCAGAUAAGUGAGCCACUGAUGAACUUCAGCUUGCACUGCGGAGGUCAGCGGAAUAUCUGAUGUUGCGCGCAAUCUGGACUGUACUUAAAGAUUUAUGUGUGUCAUGAUGUUGCACUGUAUGGAUGGAUGUGUGUCCCUCCGGUUUUAAUGUUUUAUCUUGAAACAACAACACCUGCCCUUUAUUUUGAUCAACUUGUUGCAUCUGGCGUAAAUUGUUUUAGAACAAUGUUAAUGAUGACAUUUCAAUCAUUUUAAUGUUCCAGUGUAUAGGCUUGGAAAUUGGGUUAAAGUAAAAAUAAAUAAAUAGAAAAGAAAAAGUAGCUGAUUUAUUUGUGGUUCAAGUUUUAAACUAGUAAGCAGUAAAGUACCUACAAGGAUGCGGAUUGGAUUAUAAUGGAAGAUUUAAGAUUUCUGAUCCUUUUUGUGUUUUUGUUUUGUGUAUUCCUUUAAAUUGACACACGUCCGGUGGUCAGUGUGAUUAUAAUGUGAUCAUGACCUUGUAAUAAGAUGUUCAUUUGUGCAGGAGCAGGUCCAAUAAAGUGACAUGACACCUA